CGUUCUCCCUGAGGGAAGAGCAGGGCUCAGGCUCCAGGGAGAAAGCCGGCGUCGGACCGGAGCAGCAGUGCUUCGGUGGGUCCGGAACGGCGGGUGCAGCUCACUGCCUCUUCCCCCGCGUGGUGCCCGUUUUGAGAGCAAAAAUGAAUGUUGGAGUUGCUCACAGUGAGGUAAAUCCAAAUACCAGGGUAAUGAACAGUCGUGGUAUGUGGCUGACAUAUGCAUUGGGAGUUGGUUUGCUUCAUAUUGUCUUACUCAGCAUUCCCUUCUUCAGUGUUCCUGUUGCUUGGACCUUAACAAAUAUUAUACAUAAUCUGGGAAUGUAUGUAUUUUUACAUGCUGUAAAAGGAACGCCUUUUGAAACCCCUGACCAGGGGAAAGCCAGGCUGCUAACUCACUGGGAGCAACUGGACUAUGGAGUGCAGUUUACUUCUUCACGGAAGUUCUUCACAAUUUCUCCAAUAAUUUUGUAUUUUCUGGCAAGUUUCUACACCAAGUAUGAUCCUACACACUUCAUCUUAAACACAGCUUCUCUCCUGAGUGUGCUAAUUCCCAAAAUGCCACAACUGCAUGGUGUUCGGAUCUUUGGUAUUAAUAAGUACUAAACUGAAAAUGUGAAACAACCAUUCUGACCAAAACUUUGUGGCUACUGCUUUUUCUAUAAGGAGGAAUAGGUAGCAUGCUAUGCCGUUUACAUUGUAAUGUGCAAUGGGAAGUUUUUACAUUCAAGGUCUAAUAUUUAUUUGUAUGCUAUUUGGAAAAGCAGAUUUUUAUGAGAUGCCUCUAAAGCAUUUAACAAGUCUGCUAAAUUUCUGCAGAAGUUUUCCAGGAGAGCAGGGCAGGCCCUGCUCACAAAUGAUUGACAGUACAGUGAGAGAAGAAAAGCUCUGCACAUCAACACGAGUCUUGAGGAUAGGAGUAGUUUAGUUAAUGAAAGGGCACUAUGUAGGAAGAGUUAUUCAAUCAGUCACAGUUAAGUUGAAGUACAUUUAUGUAUGGAGCAGAAUCACUCUAUACAAAGGUCAAAUGUCCUAUACCUAAGAUAGCCUGCUCUUUUUUGUUUUACAAAUGUACUCUGUUUUUGCUGGCUUACUGUCUUAUAUCUAGACAUGGUCAGUUCUGGAUGUAUCAGGGGACUGAUGUGUUCAGAUGAUGUACUUUCAAGUCUCAUUAAUAGGUAUCAGUGUGGCUUCCUGCAGUUUUCUAGUGAGUCUUCAUACAUUAAUUUAGGGCAAAGCAAAGUUCUGCUGGGGUUUUUUGUGUUUUAAAAGGCUGCUAAUCAUUUUUGGAAAAAAACUAAUUUAAUUCCAGGCAGUCUGAAGCAUAGUGUGUAAUUCUCUGAUUAUCUAGUUGAACCAUUUAGUGGUUAAAAUCUCUUUUCAGGGGGAUAGUUAAAUACUAGAUAGAUAGCUAUAAAUAUAAGGAAAAGAGUUGUCUAGUGAAAAAGGUAACUUUUUCCAGUCAUGGUACAAAGUAAGCUACUAAACACUGGGUCUUUUUUUUGUAGCUUUGCUGUAAAGGAGUAUACUUUCCCUUUAUAGUUCCUUUUCUCCAUCUCCACUUUACCUAUUAACUGUACUUUCAAAAUGGGUAUCUAUUUAUGUGUUCAAAGAAGUGAAUGUAAAGUUAGCAUUUUAAAUCAGUCACCAGACUGUUCUUUGAAUUAGGCAAGUUUGUAGUUCCUAGCCCUGAAACACAUAAUUCGUUAUUUGAGAUUUCCUCAAAACUUUUGUUAAUUAUAAUUAGCUAUUACAAACAUCAGAAAAUAAAUUAUUGAAAAAUUAAACAUUCCAAAAUUCAAUGAUUUUUGGAAAAUAAACCAAAAUUAAUGAUAUAGUUUCAGACUACUUAAUCAGUUUAUCCUAAUAAAGCCAUACUGUCUUCAAACUCUCUUUUGCAGAGAUUAUAUUUUGCAUUGAUAGUCUUGACUAUGGAAAUUAAUUGUGCAAUUGACUUUGUAUGUUUUUGUUUUUUUUCCCUACAUUUUGAAACACUAAGAAAAAUGGAUGUUUUACUUUAAUAAAUA